AUGCCGGCUUUUCCAAGCCUCGGGCUGGAGUGACUGCUCAGGCGGGAACGAGUCGGUGGCCGGGUGCGGCCGUUUCCAUCUCCAGGACGGCCAGGUGGGGCUUUGUCGUGUCGGGGCGAGGUGGAGAGAAGGGAAUUUAGAAGGGGCGGCGCGCUCCCUCAUUAGAAAUUUAAGAUAUGGGGGAGGACCUUUCUGCCCCCACCGCCAAAUUUCCUUCCCUCAGUAUUAGGGAAAAGGAGGAAGUGGGGGAUAAAGAAAAGGCAGUGGAAGUGGACUUCAGGAACAGACUAUUGAUCCAUCUAGCUCAGUACUGUCUACACUGACUGGCAGCAGCUCUUCAGGGUUUCAGAUGGGGAGGCUCUCCCAGCCCUACCUUGAGAUGCUGCCGGAGAUUGAACCGGGGACCUUCUGCAUGCAAAGGAGCUGAGCGUGCACAUAUAGAUCGAUAUAUGCCAUCCAAAUGUCCACAUAUACAUCCGGACAAAGUUGCUGUUUAUAGAAGCUGGUGAAAAUGGCGGCCAACCACCCGCACCACUGGAGGCCCUGGGGAAAGGGGUCGCCGCGUCAGCAGCAGCCGGAAAGAGAGGAGCCGUCUGAAUGUGUGGGCCGGCAGCUGGGCGAGCCGGGGAAGUUUGCCUAUGCGGCUCUCUGCGCAGUAUCUUUGGCCUCGCUGUUUCCUGAGGAAGAGGAAAAGUCAUACAGGACAGGAUUUGUCCAGAGCCUGGUGAAAUGGCUCGAGCUCUCGGACGCCGUUCUUCCUGCCAUGCUGGCGUUCACCGGCGGCUUGGGAGGCGAAGGGACGGAGACCUUUGCUCGGAUCCUUUUGAAGGAGCCGCUUGUGGAAGAGGAGCCCAGCGUCAUCACGCAGGAUCUUGUGUCGUUUUCUCUCAAGGAUGGCUCCUACGAUGCCCGUACGAGGGUGCUCCUCUCUCAUGUCACCUGGUUGCUGAGGAUCCCCUUGGCGGAACUGGAGGCAUCCGAGGAAUGUCUCCUUGAAUGCCUGAAGGAGGAGGAAGAGCAGGAAUCGGAAACGGCAGCGGCUGCGCGGAGGAAGAAGGAGAAAAAGAAGAGGCUGAAGAGGUACCUGCUGAUCGGCUUGGCGACUGUUGGCGGCGGGACAGUGAUUGGUCUGACGGGGGGCCUGGCCGCCCCUCUGGUGGCAAGUGGAGCUACAGCGAUCAUUGGCAGCGCUGGCGUGGCUGCCCUGAGCUCGGUGACUGGGAUGGCUGUCAUGGGGUCACUCUUUGGGGCUGCGGGAGCCGGGCUCACUGGGUACAAGAUGAAGAAGCGUGUGGGGGCUAUAGAAGAGUUUGAGUUCCUACCAUUAACAGAAGGGAAGCAGCUGCACAUCACCAUAGCCAUCACCGGCUGGCUUUCUACUGGCAAAUACGGGAGUUUCACUGCCCCAUGGAGCAGCCUGCUUCAGUCGAGAGAACAGUACUGUUUAGCCUGGGAAACCAAAUAUCUGAUGGAACUGGGCAAUGCCCUCGACACUUUGCUGAAUGGAUUAGUUAACAUGAUGGCCCAGGAAGCUUUGAAACACACAGUCUUGGCCGGUAUCAUCACGGCUCUGACCUUGCCUGCUUCUCUGCUCACGGCAGCCAGUGUGAUCGAUAACCCCUGGGGAGUGUGUCUCCACCGAUCGGCUGAAGUCGGCAAACACCUGGCUCAGAUCCUGCUCCGCCGGCACCAGGGCAAACGGCCGGUUACCUUGAUUGGUUUCAGUCUUGGCGCCCGAGUCAUCUACUGUUGCCUCCAGGAGAUGGCCAAGGAGGAAGAUUGCAAAGGCAUCAUUGAAGACGUGGUCCUCUUGGGGGCGCCGGUAGAGGGAGAAGCCAAGUAUUGGAAGCCGAUGACCAAGGUUGUGUCGGGCAAGAUUAUCAACGGCUACUGUAGAGGAGACUGGCUCCUGAGUUUUGUCUACCGGACAUCCUCUGUUCAACUUAACGUCGCCGGGCUUCAGCCAGUGAACCUGGGCAACAGAAGAAUGGUGAAUGUGGAUCUCUCCUCUGUCGUAAGUGGCCAUUUGGACUAUAUGAAGCAGAUGGACACAAUCCUCAAGGCCGUGGGCAUCAAAACCAAGCAAUGCCGUCUGGAAGAGGGGGGCAGCCUCGCUGUUCUCUCCACCGAGCUUGAGGAAAGCAGGGAGCCUGUGCCACACAACAGCACGCAGGAAGAGCAAUGCAUGGUGGGAGAGGAAGGGCCCAAUGAUGCCAAUGAUAGCGGCCUCAACGGUGAUGACCACUGGUCAUGGGAGCCGGUCUCCAGCCGUGGUUUGUGCCCAGAAGAGCUCCCGGCAGCAACGGUGGUUUCUGAACAGAGAGAAAUCUCCAACCUGGAAGAACCAAUCCCCUCCAGCUCGUCUCAUUCCCAAGAACUUUCCAGGAUGAGCAAUCCCAGCACCGGCUCCACAAGCACUCUUCCUGUGAUUCUCCGAUAACGUACAAGGUGACGCAACGUGAUGGCUAUCGUAGUCUUUGCACUGUCUCUCCCUCCUCUUCCCUGGCACUACAGGUCAAGUUUAGAGACUAUAAAGACUGGCCUUUGCAGAAUCAGGCCAAAGGUCUGUCUGCUGGGACAUUCUGCCUCCCAACUGAGGACCCCAGCAGCCCGCCGAAGAGGAGGUAGCUCUCCCUGAUUGUUUUCCCUGGCAUACUGCAACAAGGGAUACCCUGCCCCUUAGCAUGGCGGCUCCGUCCUUAGCUGCUGUUGGGAAUGGCUCUUGACCGGCUUCGCCUUUGCAAAUUUCAUCUAAUCUUUCAGGGCACAUCUUCGCAUUGAACUCUCCCACGUGGCAUUUGUAUGGAGAAGUAUGCUUUUUGCCAGCCCAGAACUCUCUUGGGGGAAGAGGGGAAACUGGCCACGGCUCAGUGGGAGAACAGUUGCUUGGCAUGUCCAGGGUUCAGUCCCCGGCAUCUCCAAGUAGAGCUGGGAGAGAACCCCUAGAGAGCCUUCACAAGUCAGUGUAGACCACAGUUGGGGAACAGGAUCUGGGCGGCGGGCUGGAUUCUGAGUACCCCCACCCUCCACGGGCCACUCUGACCACUCACCAGUCAAUCGCCUGGUGUUACCAUGACAACAGGUGACCCAACUUCAUAAGGAAAGAAUCCACAGUGUGUUUGAAGUGGGCUUCCUGUUCUGCUUCUGGAGCCCAGCUUGGAACUCCAGAGCUUGCCAAAAUGCUUGGAGGCUCCUGGGUCCCCUCCCUCCCUUUUGCAGUAGCGCGUUUCCCUGCCCCAGGGAUUCCCAUCAUCCCCGUCCAGCUCCCUGGGGCUGAUGGGAGGUGUAGUUCAGCAACAUCUGGAGGGCCAACAGUUCUCCCACACCUGCAAUAAACCUUUUGUAUGCAAGCAACUCGUUUUCCCCCUCCCCUCCCCCCUGUUGCCCAUUUCUCAUGCCGUGGAGUUUUCCCCACGUUUUGAGUUCAAGGGGGAAGGUCCAAAGAGUUGGCUGGGACAAAUGGGGCAGUGGCAGCUAGCACCAGGAGCAAACACUGGGGCAUAUUUUGUCCCCUGGGUGGCCACUUGCACAGGCAGUACUCGUCUCUUUUCUCACUCGCUUCCACCGGUAAACUCUGCAUGAGUGGCCUCAGAAAAUCCCAAUACGUUCCAUCAGGCUGCAGGCUAUUCAACAAGCUGGAGUGCUCUUUGCUUGAUAAGAAUAACCAACAGCAGAGCUCCCUGCCUGAGUCUCAGGGCACGGCUGGAGGGCACAGGAUGCAGCCGCCUCGCUGACGUGAAGCAAGCUUGGGUCUGGUUGGGAGACGCCUUAUAUCACCGGGAAGUCUCUCAUGUAAGAAAAGGAGGGUGCUGGUAUGAUAAAUCACCUAAAUGGUGGCGCUGCAUCAAACAAAUUAGUGUCUCGAAUUAUUUUGCAUGCUCGAGAGAGAGAGAGAGAAAAGGCUGUGUUGGCAUGAGCCUGAGAUGAUCCCCAUUCAUUCAUCACUGGUCUCAACCCCUGCUGCAGCGACUGUGGCAGCAAGAAGCCUGUUCUCCUGCCCCCAUGCAUGGCGGGCCUAGCCGUGCCAUUAGGCCCCGUUUCAUUCAUAAGGGAAGCUGUUGUCCCACGGUCCUCUUUGCCAUUUGAAACCCUCUCUUCUGUGUGGUGAUGCCACGUUCCAUUGGGACCCGGGAUGAAAGGAGAGCGCCUCAUUGGUCCCUGUUCUAGGAAAAGACUCUGUGAUUCUUGAGAAGCUGAAAGAAGUGUUUGGUGCGGCCACUGAAAAGGAUUGCAUCCGCUGCUGCAUUUUAAGUGCACCCCCCCACCCCCCAGUCUGUUGACAGUUUCACAGGUGCAGGAAGCUGGAAUGUAUACACACUCGUAUUCUAGAGCAGGAUGUGGCUUCUACCGGGAAGCAAUGCAAGAAAAAUUGGGUUCGCUGGGGCAGCCAGGAGCAAAUUCUUCUCUGUUCUUUCUGUGCUGUACCCAGAGUGUUCCCUGCACGCUGCUACCAAAUGUAGCGCAUACAGGAGGAGCUGGGUGAAAAAGUUCCCUCAUGAGUGGACCAGCCACGUUAAGGAGGCCACCUCUGCUGCUUCCUAAUCUGCGGGUGAACAUGCAUGGCUGGCUGCCACAACCACUCGCUUUGGGAAGGCAGAUGAUUGCUCUGAAUGGCCAGGCCCAAAUGGGCCUGUUGGUUGUAUUAGCUUUAUGCAACGGGGAACCGGCAUCUACAGUAGGAUCUGGUUCAAAUUUGGCCUUUCAGGGAGAGGACGGUAGCUGGGAAGCCUUGUGUUGAAGAACGUGUGUGAUAUCAGUAGUCUGUGCCUUAUGUGCAAAAAAUAAAUAAAAAAUAAACAGCCCCAGCAGCUGAUUAUAGCACCGGUGAACCUGCAGCUGAUUACCGUGGAUGACUGCUGCUAGCCCUCAUUUUGAGAAGGCAGGUUAACCUUCCAUAUUUGGAGCUCCAUACAAGGGCAGGUUAUCCCUCCAUAUUCAAAGCCCCAUGCAAGAGCAGAUUAAGCCUUCAUACUCAGAGCUCCUUACAAGGGCAGGUUAAAUGUUCAUACUUGGAGCUGUGUACAAAGGCAGGUUAAACCUCCAUAUUCAAAGCUCCACGCAAGGGCAGGCCAAACCAUAUUUGGAGCUCCAUACAAGGGCAGGUUGACACUCCAUAUUUGGAGCUCCAUGCAGAGCAUAUCACAAAUGAUAGAAAGUACCAGAAGAUCAGUGAGACCAAAUGAAACAAAUUGUGGAGAAAGAGUUCCAUGGAGGUCUUUCUACAGAAAUUAGAUCAGUAUCCUUACCAGAAUCUAGGUGUUCUUUUUUUAAACACACACACACACCUCUCACUCUGCUGUUUUUGGCUAUUAACAUGCAAAGCGGAGAAGCUACGGUCAGCAACCAAAGAAGGGGGGAAGAGGGAGAGAGAGAGAAAAACAAGCAAGAAAAUCCAGUAAUUAGCAUCAGAUUCCCUGCAAGGAACUUCCAAGCUGUGUAACCAAUGCAGAACUCAUCAGCUGUUGCUUAAGAAGAAGAAAAAUUGGCCUCCCUCCCACAUCUGUUUUUUAAAAAUAAAUCUGUUGUUAUUGUUCUAAAUCAAAGUUGAGAGCCCUGGGAUCAGUUUAUAUGUUGGAGGAAAGAUGAGUGUGUUAAGACACUUUUCCAGCACACGUACACAACAUGUACAUAUCCUUGAGUAGGCGUGGACGAAUCCGUAAAUUUCCUUUUAUCUCAGAUUCUCUGUUUUCCAGUCUUAAGUUCAGUUUGCCCCAUUUCCAUGUACGUCGAUUUUUUAAAUUAAAAUUUUUUUUUGAGGGAAAAAGUCUGCACGAACGUUUGUCACGUUGGCAUUUGCUUUUCUCCUGUUUGUAAUUUUGCAAGCCAUUUCCCGUAACAGAUGCCU